AUGAAGUCCUCUCAGCAAUGGCUCGCUUGGGCUCUAGCCGCGAGCUUCCCUCUUGUUAAGGGCUCCAUGCAGUAUCCCAACUGCGUCGAUGGGCCCCUCUCGACGAAUCUCGUCUGCGACCAGAAGGCAGCGCCGGCAGACCGUGCUGCUGCUCUGGUCAAGGCUAUGAACAUCACCGAGAAGUUGGGCAACCUACUUAACCAGGCAAAGGGUGCGCCGCGGAUCGGCCUCCCUCCAUAUGGCUGGUGGAAUGAAGCCCUUCACGGCGUAGCCGGCUCCCCGAGUCUGCAGUUCGCCAAAGAAGGCAACUUCUCGUCCGCCACGUCCUUUGCCAUUCCAAUCACGCUCGCCGCCGCCUUCGACGACGACCUGGUCGAAAAGAUCGCUACUGUCAUCGGCACCGAGGGCAGAGCAUUUGCCAACAGCGGUCGAGCCGGCCUGGACUAUUGGACGCCCAACAUCAACCCGUUCAAGGACCCGCGAUGGGGCCGUGGCAUGGAGACCCCCGGCGAGGACCCCCUCCGCGUGAAGCACUACACCAAGGCCCUCCUCCGCGGUCUCGAGGGCGACGACCCCAAGACACGCAAGAUCAUCGCCACGUGCAAGCACUACGCGGCCUACGACCUCGAGCGCUGGCACGGAGUCACGCGGUACGGCUUUGACGCCAUCAUAAGCCCCCAGGACCUGGCGGAGUACUACCUGCCGCCCUUCCAACAGUGCGCUCGCGACAGCAAGGUCGGCUCCUUCAUGUGCUCGUACAACUCGGUCAACGGCACGCCCGCCUGCGCCAGCAAUUACCUCAUCACCGACAUCCUCAAGAAGCACUGGGGGUGGGAGGGCGAGGGGCAGUACAUCACGAGCGACUGCGAUGCCGUCCAGAAGAUCUACACAGACCACAAGUACGCCAAGAGCGCCGCCGAGGCCGUCGCGCAGGCCAUCGACGCCGGCACAGACACCAUCUGCCAGGGCAGCGCCUCGGCGGCCGACAUCGUCGCCGCCCACGAGCAAGGGCUGCUGACCGAGGCCGCCAUCGACACGGCCCUGGGGCGCCUGUACGAGGGGCUCGCGCGCGCGGGCUACUUCGACCCGCCCUCGUCGGCCUACCACGCCCUGGGCUGGUCCGACGUCAACACCGCCGAGGCCCACGCCCUGGCCCUGCGGUCCGCCGCCGACGCCCUCGUCCUCAAGAAGAACGUCGGCGGCGGCGCGCUGCCCCUGGCCGCUGGCGGCAAGAGCCAGAAGCUCGCCCUGAUCGGCCACUGGGCCGGCGGCACGGGGCGCUCCAUGCUCGGCGGCUACAGCGGCGUCGCGCCCUUCAUGACCACACCCCUCGCCGCGGCCCGGGAGCUCAACCUGUCCGUGUCCUACGCCGCGGGGCCCAUCGCCCCCGCGCCCGGCGUGCCCGACACCUGGACCGCGGCGGCCCUCGCCGCGGCGCGCGACGCCGACGCCGUGCUGUACUUUGGCGGCAUCGACGGCUCCGUCGAGGGCGAGGAGCGCGACCGCGAGGCCAUCGCCUGGCCGCAGGCGCAGCUCGACCUCGUGUCCGCCCUGGCGCGGCUCGGCAAGCCCCUCGCCGUCCUGCAGAUGGGCGACCAGGUCGACGACACCCCCCUGCUGGCCAACGCCAACGUCAGCGCCCUCCUGUGGGCCGGCUACCCGGGCCAGGACGGCGGGCGGGCCGUCAUGCGGGCCGUCACGGGUGCGCACGCGCCGGCGGGGCGCCUCCCCGUCACUGUGUACCCGGCGUCGUACGUCGACGCCGUGCCCAUGACCGACAUGGCCCUGCGGCCCGGCAAGGACAACCCCGGCCGGACGUACCGGUGGUACCCCGACGCCGUCCUGCCCUUCGGCUUCGGCCUGCACUACACGACCUUCAACGCCACCUUCGCCAGCCCCUCGGCCGUCGCGUCCAAGACCUUUGCCAUCGCGGACCUCGUCGGCGGCCCCGGCUGCAAGGAGGCGGCGCACAAGGACCUGUGCCCCUUCCCGGACGUCGAGAUCGCCGUCAAGAACAACGGCGCGGGCGGCGAGAAGAACGCCACCGCCACCGCCGCCGGCGCCACCUCGGACUUUGUGGCGCUGGGCUUCGUCAAGGGCGAGUACGGGCCCGAGCCGUACCCGCGCAAGACGCUCGUGGCCUACACCCGGCUGCGGGGCGUCAAGCCCGGCGACACGGCCACGGGCAAGCUGUCGAUGAGCCUCGGCGCGCUGGCGAGGACGGACGAGAAGGGGAGCCUGGUGCUGUUCCCCGGCGAGUACACGAUGCUGCUGGACGAGCCCACGCAGGCCGAGAUGACCUUUACGCUGACGGGGGAGGCCGCGGUGCUCGAUACGCUCCCUCUGCCCUCUGCGAAGUCUGCGACGGGAUAUCUGGCCGAGCAGUUUUGA